AUGAACCGAGUGAAUCUGAAUCGAAAGGCUGUCGAAGCAGUGCUUCCGGAGGAAGCUAUUUCCUUGGUGGAUAAGAAUCUGAACGAGGUGAUAAAUGCGCUGUGGAAAGAGUAUGGUGAAAAGCAUAUAACAAUGUUCCAAAUGGACAUGGUUCGCGAAAUGAAGCGUAAUGAAGCGACAUCGGAACGCAUCGACUUGCAGCUGAAAAGGUUAAAGGCCACUCUUCGCGGUGUACACGAAAAUAUCUACAGCGUGCGAACGACCAAGAUCGAUACGCCGGAGCUCAUCGUAGAGGACGACACAACGAGCGAGCGUAUCGCUUACCAACGUAUCCGCGACAUGCUGGAACGCAAUGAACCACUUGUCCGGCACCCGGUGAAACUUAACGAUAUAUACUACGGCGUACAGUCGACGAUACUGGCAGCUGGGUCAAGUGUAAGGUGA